CGAAAGGGAAAAAAAAAAGUCAAAAAAUUUAACCGUUCACUACUUGAAAUCCUCAAUAAAGUAAGUAUCUUAACGGCCAGCAUUAUGGUGACCUGGAGUUUGAACGGAUGAUCUGGCCAGCCUGAGAAGACCUUGGUCCUGGUUUAUGUUUCAUACUGACGUCGCUAUUAAGUCAGCUUAUCAACAUAACGAAAUAAUCAAUCGAUUUGAACAUGAGUUUAGGCGACUGUAACAUCAACGAAUAACUUUACCUAACAGGGUGGGAGACUGUCACACCUCGCAGCUUUUCUUUUUUUUAAAGACCGGUAGUAUCUAUGUGAUGUGACGAAAUCAAAGGCAUAAAACAGAUGUGAAAUCGAAACAAGAUUUUUAAAAAAAAUUAUUGCAAGAAAUUUUUUUUUAAAAAAAGGAACAAUUGAUUGACACAUUGCUUGAACAGCGCCCACAAUGGAAUUGAUGACUCAUCUAGUGUGUUUUGCUUUUCUGGCGGUAUGGUCGGUACCAACAGGUAAAUUUUAUUAAAUUAUAUGCAUGUGAUAUAGCAUUGCCUACUAAAAUAUAUUGUAUACAGUAAGCCUUUUGUUCCCAAAUUUUGUGUGUCUGGUGAAACCAUUUUGUAGAAGCAACGUUACCCGAGGCACUAUUUUGUAGAAGCAACGUUACCCGAGGCACUAUUUUGUAGAAACAACGUUACCCGAGGCACUAUUUUGUAGAAGCAACGUUACCCGAGGCACUAUUUUGUAGAAGCAACGUUACCCGAGGCACUAUUUUGUAGAGUCAAAGAACCUCGCCACUUAGAUACCUUUUUAAAAAGAAAUCAUACAAACGGUAUUUUGAAACACUUAGAAAAUAGGAUCAGAGUAGCACACAUACAAAAACUAGAAUUUUUAUUGACUAAGCCAUUUAAAUAAAAAAAAAAAGAGAUGUACUUUGUGCUGAAGUUAUUCGUGUAGACAAAACUCUAUGAAAUGAUGAAGGCCUGACACUGAAUAGCAUGCUGCAUCAAAAAAGGUUAUGCUUGGUGAAAUUCAACUGAGGCUAUAUGGGGUUAAAUGCUGUUAAGAAAUGUGCCUCCCGAUGUCAUGUGGGAUGAAUUUGUGACGAAAAUGCCACACCCAUUUAUUUGCUAAUGCAGAAAAUUAAAGGUGGUUUUCUCUAUACCGUUGAGUUAUGAAAAUCUAUUCAAUUAUAAAUCUUGCGUCGGAUAAAGACUGACGUAUGUAACUGUCUGGUAAAAAUUGAUGAGACUAGGGUGAAUGGACCGUUACUGUUACCAGGAAUUAAAUGAUUUCAUUUAGUCUUUGAGAUUCAGUCAAGUCAGCCGAAGAAAUAUGAGGACAGACGGUAGGGUAGAGAAAACUAACGAAAGGAACGGAAAGGCUUGAAGAUUACGGUUUUAAAUUGUGAUAACUUGUCUAAUUAUUACCGCUGGACAUGAUUAAGUGCGGUUGUUGGUUUCUAUUCAUCAUCAUCAGUGGCACUACAUGUCAUUUAGGGCCCUGGCCUGCUAUACCACAUCCUUUCAUUCAGACAUCAUCAGUGGUGCUAUGGACCAUGCAGGGCUCUGACAUGCUCCACCACAUCCUUCAAUGCAGACAUCAAAAUCAGUGACCCUACAUCCCAUGCAGGGCCCUACCACAUCCUUCCAUUCAGACAUCAUCAUCACUGGUGUUAUAGCCCAUGCAGGGCUCUGACAUGCUCCACCACAUACACCCAUUCGAAUCGGUCCAUGCCUUUCCGCCUCCAUCCAUCAUCGUCUGUCAUAUGAACCUCUACCAUAUUAAGUAAUUACUUAUUGCUUUUUUAAUUUUUUUAAACUAAAAUUUAUGUCCAUCAUGACAUUAAACUCAGUUUCCCAACCCAUGGCUUUAUUUAAGGUUCACUGUUUUUUAAAAAAAAGAAAAAGUAGUAUUUUUUAAAAAAAUGUUGACUUUAAAUAUUUUUAUUUUCCAUUUCAUUGUUUGCCUUAGUGUUAGAAUAGCAAUGACAAUGUGAACUGUUAAUUUUUAAGAAGUCUUCAUUAAAAAAAAGUACACACUGGAUGUAAAGAUUGGCAAGAUGAUAGAGUAUAAAAAAAAUCUACAGCGAGUUUUUUAAAUCUGUCCAUUCCAAUUAUCGCAUUGAAUAUGCUACAGUAUUAUUUUUAAUGUAUUUAAAAUUAUAUUUAAUAAUACCAUACCAGAUGUUUUUGUCGCUCAGGCAUCACGAAUGUGAACACAUUGUUUUGUAACUUUUGUAACAGUAAAGCAAUCAUUAUAAUCAACUAGGUCAUGACUUAGCACAUUAAAAAAAAACACAAUUUCGUGCCUUAACGCUGUCAUCUUUAGCUUUUAAUUACCUGGUACUCGUUUUCUUUGCGUUUUCACUUCUGUUACAAGAACGAAUCUUGCCAGAAACGAAGUGCUCCCAUUUCAGCAGCAGUCCACACCGAAAUUUAAUAAUAUUCUGCAGAAUACAAAUGUAUUCUCGGUUAAUAAAACAGGGCAACAAUUAAUCUGCGAUUUUUCUAUUGCAUUUAGUUGCUGACGUUCACCUGGACGUCUCCACUCCAGAGAUCAAAGUUGGCUGCACGGACACACUGACGAUCACCUGCAAUGUUACCGGGGACGCAAGUAGCACCCUCAAAUAUUUAGUCUCGAUCUUGAUAUCGCUGAGGGGUUCGACCAACGAGACCACGUACGCAGACGUAGCAAGCCUUGUCAAAAUUGGCCCCCACGAAGACGUUCGUGGAUUUUACGACAACGUCACGGUGUGGGGCAACGGGAUGGAUCUCAGCAAGGCGCACCUAGCUGCGCAGUGGAGACAUCCCUCAGAGCGGCUUGCGGGAGAUUACAGGUGCGUGGUCACCGGGCUGGACGAGGUCGGACACCAUAUAACCCUCACUGCCAACGCUACCGUUGCUGUUGCGGUCACGGAUGCCGUUGAUGCUGAUAAAAUCAAAGAGAUUGAAGCCCGGCUGGAAGAAGAGUGGAACGCCAUGAAGAGCGAGUUGGUUGCCGAGAACGAGCGCUGGGCGGAGAGAUUUCAAGAGCUGCGAGGCGUCCUGUUCACCAAGGAAACGUUCUACAACAACCAUCACUACUUGCUGACUCGAAACGUUUACAACAACAUCGAGGUCGCCGCGGCCCUGUGCCGCCUUUAUUCGGGUUAUCUCGUGCAGAUCGACGACAGCGACGAAUACAACGCGAUCGUUUCGUUUCUCGGUGGCGUCUUUGAGUUCGACAGCGUCUUCAUCUCAGGAACAGAUAGGGGAAACGAAGGCCAUUGGGUUUUUCAAGGCACUAACACCUCGAUGCCGUUCACACGUUGGGGCUCGUCCGGGGCAUCCAACGGGGGUGACACGGAGAACUGUAUAGUGCUUUGGAAGGCUUCAACCUGGGAAAUGUAUGAUCAACCUUGUUACGAUAAUAUCUAUAAAGUGGGUACCAUUUGCGAAAAGCCGAUGGUAAAUUGAUAAUAAUACCAUUGAUUAAAUCGAAGUGGCUAUUCGUACCCGGGUACCAGAAGUGAGAGGUUGGGAUUAAACGACUAUUUAGAAUUUUAUCGUUGGGGUUGUAAGACAAAAUGGGGUAUCAAAUGAAAGAUAAUUGAAUGGACUAUAUGUUUGUAAAUUUAAUUCUUUAGUUUAACUAAAAUAAACUACCAAAAAGGACAUCCGAAUAACACUGAGUCAAAAUGGAACCAGACACGCAGCGCCGCCAUUCGCACCCGGGUACCAUUAGACUGAAGCUAAGGGGAAGGAGUGUAAAUGCUUGAGAUGACACUUUUUUAAAAAAAAAGUUAACCACGAUUAUUGUUUUUCCUUUAUUGAAAUACAAAUUUAAUACAGAGUGGGAAACUUAAAUCAAAUCUCCAUUUUGACAACAUGUUGCUCCCUUUUUUUAAAAUGCUCUUCCAUGAAAGCUUUAGAAAAGAGGGGGGAAUAUUUUGACAAACGUGUGCGAAAUCUUCGGAACUGUAUCAAAUUGUGCUAAAAUCAAAUAAUUUUUUUUAAAAAUGUAACAUUUUUCUUUUAAUGUGCGUGAUGGGAGGUGCAAUUAUGUUGUAAUACAAUAGAAAAUUGUGGUAAUAAGGGGAGAGACUGCAAUCAGGUUAGUACAAAAUAAAAUGAGUAAAACAGGGUAGGGUUAAACCUGAAAAAAUAAACGCAAAAAAACAGUGAACGUGUCGGCAGAAAGCCUUCGUCAUUUUAGCCGACACGUUCGCUGUUUUGUUGCGUUUAUUUUUUCAGGUUUAACCCUACUCUGUUUUACUCAUUUUAUUUACUAGAAAAUUGUGUUGGAAUUUCGUGUUUUUUUUAAUGGGUGUUAUCUUGCAUAAGACUCUUAGAAUAAUCACAUUUGAUAUAAACUAUUUUUCUACACCGAGUUUUCUGUGUUUUUCUUCUUCUUUUCUUCUUUCGUAUCAAAAGUUGUAUAAUCCAAUU